AUCAUGGCAGGAAACAUGGAAUAACUAUAGAAUACUAUAAAAUCCAAGCCAGAGUCAGAAAGAAUCAGGUAAAUGUAGGACAGAAGAUGUUAUCUGUUCUAGGCUAAGACCAGGACACACAGGACUCAAUGCUAGCUUGUAUGCCAUGAAACAGUCAGUGUCAGAUAAAUGUGAGACUUGUAACUGGAAGGAAUCUGCUGAACGUGCUGAUGGGAUGAGGAGGUUCAGUGUAGAAAGAGAGGCUGAAGGGCAGAGUGGUAGAGAGGCAGGGAGCGGAGCAGCAAAUGUGACAUUACUGUGGAUCCCUGCACAUAUAGGAAGCAAAGGAAAUGAAAGAGCGGACAAGGCUGCAAAGGAAGCCACAAAAACACACACUGACAUCGCAGUAGCCCUUAGUAAAAGAGAAAUGAAAACCACAGUUAAGGAGAAGUUGAAGCAGCGAGAAGAAGAGAGAACAGGAAGGUGGCUUUACAACAGUCAAAGGAAAGCCGGUGUGAAGAGGAAACUGUAAUAUCCAGGCUCCGGUUGGGCCACACAGGGUUAAACUGCACAUUAUGUAAAAUAGGAAAGCAUCACACAGGAAGAUGCUCAUUCUGGGACCAAGAAGAAACUGUGGGACAUGUUGUGAUUUACUGUCCAAAAUAUGACGCCGAGAGAAGAGAGCUGACCCUGAAGCUUAGAGAAAUAAAGACCAGGUUUGAUCUACGAGAUCUUUCACAAACAAGUUCUGGAGAGAAGUGUUAUCUGCUGUUGCUUCAGUAUCUGAGGAGAACACGUCUCAGUUUAUUUUCUUUAUUUAAUCAUUAGUGAAGGGACAGCGAGAGUCCCGAUCCACACUCCAGUCCAGCUGGUGGCGGUAACGCACCAUAACGCUGGUUGGUGUUACGCACCAUAACGUCGGUUGGUGUUACGCACCAUAACGUUGGAAAGAAAAGGAAGAAGAGUAACUCAAGUGAAUCCGGUCAGACGGUGAAGAAAGAGGAGAAGUAUCUUGUCGGGAUGGUCGCUGUGACGCAGACACAUGAGGUCUGAAAGUCUGUAGGAGGAAAGCUCGGAGAUGUCAGAUCUGUCAGGAUAACAGGAAGUGGGAUGGUUCUCACUGACUGCCUGUCAAAGCGUCAGAGAGACACAGCUCUGAAGAUUCAUGCGUUUAGAGAUCACAGCGGUGUGGACUGCUUCCUCCUCGGAGCAGAAGUGAAGAAGAAGGGGAGUAAUAAAGUCAGAUAAACAUGCAUUAGAUAAAGCAGACGGUGGAGGCCGAGUCAUGUCGGGAGGCUGAAGGUGUGUGUGAGGCGAGAAGGCUGACAAGAUUCAGAAACGGGGAGGAGGAGGAGAGUAGCUCGGUGUGUUUGACGUUUGAGGAGGAGUUACCAGAGAGAGGGGAUCUAGAUCAUGUGUGUUACAGGGUGAGGGAGCUCCUCUCAGGUGUUUCUGCUGUCAGGAAUAUGGACGAGUUGCUGCAGGAUGAAGAGGAGGCAGGAGGUGUGGGAAGGAUAACUGGAGAAAGAGCAAGCAAAGUGCCUGCACUGCGAAGGGAAACCACCAUACGGGAUCAGCACAGAGCCCAGAGAGAAUUAAGGAAGUAAAAGUGAAUGAGAUCAGAGCAGAAAGGGGAUUGUCAUACGCUGAAGCUGCUGAGAGAAUGGAGAGAAACGGUGAAAUGGUGCAAAAGGAAAAGCAGCAGAAAGGAAAUGGAGAUGAGCGGAACAUCAGUAUGGGCAAGAAGCGAUUUCUGGCAUUUCUUGCCACGGUUAUAAACUGUGCUGCUGGAAUAAAGGGGGAGUCGGAAAGGAUUAAGAUGGCGCUGGACGCUGCAAGGAGGUUCCUGAAUGCUGUGGACACAUCUGGAGAGGAUCCAGAUGUUACACUGAGGGAAGGAGCUGCACCGGCUCAGACACUUGGGUCUGGGUUAGAGACUGGACUAUGGCAUGGGAGCACUUUAGGUGGACACUGUAAAUAGUUUAAACUGUGAAGCUGUUAAAAUCCAGCAGGUGGCGGUAAUGAACAAUUAGGGACGCCGAGCGCCAUAAAACUCAACAGAAGAAGAAGAAUGAACCAUGAACAUGUAGAUCAGCUGUCCGUCUGUUGAACUGAUAAUGAAGUUCAGACAUAAAGCUGCUCGCCUUCAAACACGGAGAAGAUGACCUGCAGCAUCCUGCUGCUCAUCACCCUGACCUCCUGCGUCUGUGGUUCGUUUCCACCUGCAGGAACAUUUGUAGUGAAUGUGACACAGAGCUCCUAUCAGGCAGAGGAGAACGAGGACAUCACACUGGAAUGGACGUUCACAACCAAACCUGACAGUUCAAACUCCUUUUAUAUCUACUGUGAGCGGAUUACUGAUCUCAAGGUCUCAGUCCUUUAUGAUCUACAAGCUGGUGUUGAGGUCCCAGAGUCUCAGGAUGGACAGUUUGCAGGACGAGUCCAGUGUGACAGAGACGUCCUCAGAGAAGGACGACUCAGACUUCAUGUGUCCAGACUCAGGACUGAGGACUCGGGCCUGUACCUGUGUGAAGUGAGGACAACUUAUGGUGGCAGCUUUGGUAAAAGCAGACUCACUGUCACUGCAGAAACAUUUGUAGUGAAUGUGACACAGAGCUCCUAUCAGGCAGAGGAGAACGAGGACAUCACACUGGAAUGGACGUUCACAACCAAACCUGACAGUUCAAACUCCCUUAAUAUCCACUGUGCACUGAUUACUGAUCACAAGGUCUCAGUCCUGUAUCGUCUACAUGAAGGUGUUGAGGUCCCAGAGUCUCAGGAUGGACAGUUUGCGGGACGAGUCCAGUGUGACAGAGAUGUCCUCAGAGAAGGACGACUCAGACUUCAUGUGUCCAGACUCAGGACUGAGGACUCGGGCCUGUACCUGUGUGAAGUGAGGACAACUUAUGGUGGCGGCUUCGGUGAAUGCAGACUCAAUGUCACUGCAGCGAGGGAUCGGCCUGAACCUGAGAGACCCAACACAGAAAGUCGGGGAAUGAUCGGCCUCUACUGUGCACUGGGACUGACAGCAGCAGCAGCAGCGCUGGGUGUUUGUUACUGUUUAUUCAGUCACUUUCAGCCUGGUGAACAAAGUCCACCCAGUCAGUCUCAGCCUAUUGAACUAAUUCCACUCAGCCAGUCUCAGCCUGGUGAAGAAAGUCCACCCAGCCAGUCUCAGCCUGGUGAACAAAGUCCACCCAGCCAGUCUCAGCCUGGUGAACAAAGUCCACCCAGCCAGUCUCAGCCUGGUGAACAAAGUCCACCUAGUCAGUCUCAGCCUGGUGAACAAACUCCACUCAUUCACUCUCAGCCUGGUGAAGAAAGUCCACUCAGUCAGCCAGUCUCCAGUGAUGGAUCUGAGCAAAGUUACAGAUCAGCAGAUGGAUCAGAGGAAACAGUUUGAUCAACAAUGCAAACGAGACAAGACUGUUAGAAUUCAACUUUAUACCACGGACACAGAAAAUACCAGUUUCCCAUUGGCUGGCAGGUAAUAAAACUGUCCAUCAGAGCACAUCAAAUAUACCAGCAGGUAACCAUAGCAACAACUUUGAUGCUUCACACACAUCA